AUAUGGCGGCUUUAAUCGAAGUGGCUCAAACGCAGCAACGCUGUGUUUUGGCGUAAUCCGUCGGGCUCUAAUGUGUGUAACACCGGUGUUUGAGCUGUGUGAUGGAGUUUCGCUGACUGCUGUUUGGUGACGCUUCGUGACUUUUGCAAUAACCGUGUUGCAUCGCAGCGUUGUCCACCUGGAGCUCCGAGCCGGGCGUAAUGGGGGAUAACAUUAUCAUCAGGGUGCAGUCCCCAGAUGGAAUGAAGAAAAUCCCUUCUACCAAGAGGGAGACAGCGGCUGCUUUUCUGAAAAAGGUGGCCAAAGAGUUUGGGUUCAAUUCCAAUGGGUUCUCUGUUUAUCUGAACCGCAACAAGACCGGAGAGAUUCUGUCCCAGAACAAAACGCUCAGCUUACUAAAGAUCAAGCAUGGGGACAUGUUGUUUCUGUUCCCCUCUGCAUCCUCCUCCUCUUCAGGGGAAACAAUGGACACGGCGACCCCACACACAUCUUCAUCCCUGCCAUCCAUCUCAUCCUCUUCUUCAUCCUCCUCUUCAUCCUCGUUGAUCCCUCGGUCCUCCUCAGCACCACAGGUACAGGAGGAUGAAAUCGAUCAAUAUCUGGCCAAGCAAGACGGCAAGAUCUACAGGAACAGAGACCCACAGCUAUGUCGUCAUGGUGCCCUGGGGAAAUGUGUGCACUGUGUACCACUAGAGCCUUUUGACGAAGACUACCUGAACCACCUCGACCCACCGGUGAAGCACAUGUCAUUCCACGCGUACCUUCGCAAGCUGACCGGUGGAGCUGAUAAAGGGAAGUUUGCAGCUUUGGAGAACAUCAGUUGUAAGAUAAAGUCAGGAUGUGAGGGUCAUCCUCCCUGGCCUGAGGGCAUCUGCACCAAGUGCCAGCCCAGCGCCAUCACUCUGAACAGACAGAAAUACCGACAUGUAGACAACAUCAUGUUUGAGAACCACACCAUCGCCGACCGAUUCCUGGACUUCUGGAGGAAAACGGGUAGUCAGAGGAUGGGUUACUUAUAUGGCCGGUACACCGAGCACACAGACAUCCCGCUGGGCAUCAGAGCUGAGGUGGCUGCCAUCUAUGAGCCCCCGCAGAGUGCGACCCAGAACAGUCUGGAACUGUUGGAGGAUCCCAAAGCUGCAGCUGUAGAUGAAAUCGCUGCCAAACUGGGGCUCUGCAAGGUGGGCUGGAUCUUCACUGACCUGCUGUCUGAGGAUACAAGAAUAGGCACUGUCCACUACACAAGAAACCAGGACUCCUUUUACCUGAGUGCCGAAGAGUGCAUUACGGCCGGAUAUUUCCAGAACCAACACUCAAACCCCUGCAGGCUGUCUCGAGACGGGUCCUUUGGAUCCAAGUUUGUGACCGUCGUUGCUACAGGUGGUCCAGAUAAUCAGGUCCACUUUGAAGGUUACCAAGUAUCCAAUCAGUGCAUGGCUCUGGUGAGAGACGAGUGCCUGCUGCCCUGCAAAGACGCUCCUGAGCUUGGCUAUGCCAAAGAGUCCAGUCCGGAGCAGUAUGUACCCGACGUCUUCUACAAGGACAAGGAUAAAUUUGGGAAUGACGUCACAUUUCUAGCUCGACCUCUUCCUGUUGAGUACCUUAUCAUAGAUAUAACCACAACUUUCCCAAAGGACCCUCAGUACACCUUCACCUCCACACAACGCUUCCCAAUCGAAAACCGCGAUCUCCUUGGAGAAACACAAGAUUUUCACAGUUUAGCCACGUACCUGUCCCAGUGCUCCUCUGUGUCAUUCCUGGACAUCGUCUCAGACUUCCAUCUGCUUCUCUUCCUUGUCACCAACGAAGUCAUGCCUCUGAGGGACAGUAUUGGACUUCUUCUCGACGCGGUGAAGACGUCCAAUGAGCAGCUGGCGCAGACCUGGAAGAAGUCUGAGCAGUGGGCAACCAUUGAGCAGCUCUGCAGCACGGAGGGCGGGCAGCCAUCCAGCUCUCUGGGUUAUGAGGCGAUGGGCGGCCCCGCGGUUCCGGCGUCCUCCGCAGCCAUGUGGUCCUGCCUCCACUGCACCUUCAUGAACCAGCCCGGCACAGAGCACUGUGAGAUCUGCAGCCUGCCCCGCAGUUAAGACCCUCCACAGAACUUCCAUGCUUCACCUUGAAAGUCCUCACUUCACCAGAUCCAGUUAUAAGAUUCAGACCCCCUCAUCAUUAUUUUGUCCACCUCACAGUGAAGCCUCGGUCUUCCCGCUGGCUGCUGAAGGCAGAGAAGGAUGCACUCGUUUACAUCCAAGUAUCUAAAAACCAAAAGUUGAACCAAUGAUUUAAUCUUGUUAUAUUAUCCCUCCUUUCAGCAGUUCUCAUCUGUUCUGGGCCUACACUGUUAAUAUAUUUUCCCUAUAACUCAAAUAAAACCUGUUGUGACUCAGGAGGAUAGCAAAGACCCAACUUUCAGAUCUUUCUUCACAUCAGUGCUCUCACAGUGACUGCAUAUAAAUACCUUUGAUGCUGUUAUUUAAUUGAGUUUCUUUUUUUUUUUUUUAUCAGAUUGUAGCGUGUAACUUAAAAUUUGACUCUUCAGAUCAGACUCUUUUCCAGCUCCUGGUCUCUGGAAAGCCCAUUACAGUACAAUCACUCCUCAAAGCUUUGACUUCAAAAGGCUGCGAGCUGCAGAGUAAACCCAGUUUUAUAGCCCAGAGUUUAUAUUUUUAGUGUUAAAUUUAUUCCCCAGUUUUAAGAAGCAGCCUCCAACGAUUGCACAAGGGAGAUCCGAUUAGUUUUAAUUGUGAUGGUUUGAACUUGAGCAGCAGAAUAUGUAGCUUAUUUAAUCGGUUGUUCUGAUAAAACAUCCCAGGACACUUUGUAAGUUUAUCUCCAUUUGCUGUGAGGUGCUCUAGAAACAACUGGUGCUCACCUCCUUAUCAGAGCCUCCUCUUCUCUCUUUGUUUUUAUCCCCCUGCUGGUGCAAAUGGGCCAGAACCUAACCUCUGUACCUCUUGUGAUUGACCCCUGAGCGCUUCUAACCAUCAGAGACUUCAAAGACUUUUCUUCUGAAAGUUGGAGGUCCAUCCAGAGAUGGAAGACCUGAAAUAAUCGCCUCUGAUGUAAAUUUUCAAGAUGGUCCAGAAACACUGGUGUUUGGAAGCAACCGAAUCCUCUUCCAACAACAGAGGUUCAGAAGACUGCUACUUCACAGAGCUCCAGUGGGUAAACCAAACUGCUGAACAUAAAUUAUAAACAUUAAAAGGCAUCAAAAGGCCUCUAAAUCAGUUAUACGUCGGAGCUACUGAAGGAUUCUUGUCUAAAAACAUUCUAACCUUUUUCUUCAGCAGGCAUUUUAACUUCUAACAGGUAAACCACAUGUUUAAAUGGUGGAUUUAUUGGUUCUAAAUCUGCCUGUUCUGCUGAGACAUAUUAAAAUAUCUGCUUUAGGAAAGGUGUAGAAGUCCAGCAUCGUCAACAAAUUAAACAUCAGCUUAGAAGCCAUCAGAGACUCAUCUUUGUAGAAAUAUCAUGGCUGACUCUUUAACAUAAGCAGUUUGGGUGUUUAGGUUGAUUAAAAUUGGGUUCUUUUGUUUUUCCUACUGGACUAAUAACAUUGGGACCAAUAUGAGUGAGAUCCUUUUGAAAAAGUGUGCCACAGGCUCACAUUCAGCUAAACUGCAACAUUUUGAUGUCCAUCUGUUCUUUAAAGCCAUUUAAAGGGUAAACAAUAUGUGUGGAGAGAAAAGUGCCUCUGUAAAAUACAAAUUAAGAUUAGAUGGAUUCUUAACUGUCAGAUUACACCAGUACUAAACUAGCAGAAGCAUCCAGAAUCUCACUCGGUCCCUUUAUCAACAUUUUUCAGGAUAGUUUUUAUUUUCAUUCAUGAAUGUGAACUGCAUCACUCCAGUGAUGAUCCAAACUGGAAAAGUUUUCAAUGAAGCUCUUUAGUCCAGAGGGCAAGUCAGAAGAUGCCCAUGUUUACUAUUUUAUGAGAUGUGGGCUUCUCUUUAAACUUGUCUUCAUCAAUUCAGAGAAUAAUUCUAGUUUUAGUUUAGUUUGACGCUUUUUGCUCCUCUUGUCGUGUCGAUUUAAUUAGGUGUGAUUACUCUGAUGACACACUAAGGGGCGACUUUGACGUUUUCCUUUUGUAUUAAUCUGAGGGCUGUUUGCUGAGCAAGCAACCUCUUGGAGCUACAGCCCGUCCUCACUUUCCACUGAGCUGACCGAGGACCCUGAUAGUUGUAUGCUGUUGACUUGGAUUUGAAGCAAAACAAUAAAAGAUACAAAAACACAA